AACCAUGAGAAAGUUCCACCGAUUUUUGGUAUUCAGCAUAGCUCUGCUGAUCCUGUACCUGCUCUAUCGCUACUCCUUCCAAGUGGACAGCGAUGGAAACUUCCUCUUUUUGAAACCGUUGGAAAGCAGUGGCGGGGGCGACGGAACCGGAUUUCAAACGUUGCUGCAAUCGUCGGAGGUGGAUCAUAAGAAACCGGAUGCCAACCGAUUGGUCAAUUUGCCCGACUUUCACUUUCGCAUAGCAAACGACGUUUGCAAGGAAAACGGAAGCUACUCGGAGUUGUUGGGUGUGAUCAUGGUCACGUCGUACGUUGGAAACGAUGCACUGCGGGCAGCGCAUAGGCAAGCCAUUUCGCAGCAGAAACUGAUAUCGAUGGGACUGUUGAGGAUUUUCUCGCUGGGCAGCAUUCCGGAAAAGGAGAGGUUUAUCACGCAGAAAGCGAUUGAAAGCGAACAGGAGCUGUUCGGUGAUUUGAUUCAGGGGAAUUUUCAGGAAGCGUAUCGAAACCUGACGUACAAACACGUGAUGAGCCUCAAGUGGGCAACCGAACAUUGCCCGAGGGCUAGGUUUGUGAUUAAAAUGGAUGAUGAUAUCGUGUUCGAUCCGUUCUUUAUUCAGAACUACCUCUCCGAUGUGGGCCAGAAGAAGGAGCAAGGUGCACUGUUGGCGGGAUUUGCUUUCAGCAACAAGAAGGUUAUCAGGCUGAAAGGCAACAAAUGGUUCGUUUCGAGAGAGGAGUAUCCUCGAGAUGUGUAUCCGCCGUACUUGUCCGGUUGGCUGUACGUCGCCAAUCAGAACACGGCCCGGGAGCUGGUGCUGCAAUCGGAAUCGGUUCCAUUCUUCUGGAUUGACGAUACUUACGUCACGGGGAUUCUGGCGGGCCACGCCCGGAUCAAGCCAACGAGUCUGAACAAGUGGUUCAGUGCUAAUUCGGAAUUCCUGGACUGCUGCAUUCGGGAUAUGAAGCGAUUUUCCUACCAGUGCGAUUACUACGUCGGACCGAACGGGGGCAACAGUCGGUUGAUAAUGGAUUUCAUUCAGGAGCUGGAGCGAUGCUACGACAAUGCGUGCUACCAGCGGCCCAGUGGGAAGCCGCUCACCAAGACCUGUGUGGCCGAGUAUAAAAAUACCGUCGGACAGCAGCAGCACGGGACGGCACUGGUCAGCAUGAUGCGGCUUUGAGCGGAGGUAAUUUUAUGUAAAUAGCAUUGGAUGAUGGUUUUGACAAAUUGAGCUCGAGUCACCAUCGUCGACAUGAUUCUUACGGUCUGUGUGGGAUGUCCGUCUAAGGGUAAAUGUAACGUUAUGCACAUUUAGAAGAGCUUAUUUCGGGUAAAUGUGGUACGAUCGUUGUGGUAACAAUAGUUUCAGGAAUUUUCAAUUAUCGAAGUCUGCGCUAUCUGAAACAAAAUUUAAACCUAUUGGUCUCAGCAGUAUCAGGCGUACUGAAAAGUCCUAGAAUUUUCUUAUAUAUUCAACUACGUCCUCACCAAUGCUAGUAAUGGACCACUUCGUCAACCAGCGAUUCAACAAAACUUGACUCACAAAUC